CGACCCUCAAAAGACAGGCAACAUGGCAAGCCGUCCAGAGCGCUGCGCCUUGGUCCUCCGCUACGAGAGUCAGCGCCGCGAACUCGCGGUCGGCCUCGACACGACGCUCCUCGACGUGCGCAUCCUUGCCGCGCACCUCUUUGAGCUCGCGCUGCCCACGAGCAGCAAGGAGCUGCCAUGGGACCUCACGUACGUCGACAACGAAGGCGACGUUGUGCAUUUGACCAACGACAUGGAGCUCCAAGAAGCGUUUACGAUGCCCGCGCUCACGAUCACGGUCCAGGCGAAGCGCAACCUGCUCGAAUCGACCAUCAACCAGCACGUGCUUCCUGCCGUGCAGUCGUCGUUGGCAAGUAUGGCCGACUGGUUCACGCAACUCACGCCCGAGCAUACGACGCCACGCCGGCCAAGCCGCGCCGAGUCGGAGACCGAGUCCGAGUCAGACGACGACGAUGCGUUCUAAGUCGGUUUGCACCCGACACCUCUAGCAUGUUUGUUUUCGAGAUGCAUUAUUACCGUCUUAUGUACUGCA